GCCGCCGUCGCCGCCGCCAUUUUGACGGCGGAAAGAGUGAGGGUCUGGGACACCUGGAAGAGGCGGUGGUGAUGGGUAAGGGUGGUUUCCGCUCGCGUUAGCCCCUCCAAAUUCGCCGGUCUUGGGGCCACAGCACUCGGAAUCACUUCACGAAAGGAAAGAUAAUUUGCGUCCUCUCUCCCCGCUGGAAAUGGCCACUGUGCUGUGUAAUAGAGCCAGACUGGUUUCCUAUCUCCCAGGAUUUUGCUCUUUAGUUAAAAGGGUUGUCAAUCCCAAAGCCUUUUCAACUGCAGGAUCUUCAGGUUCCGAUGAGCCUCAUGUGGCCACUGCACCUCCAGAUAUAUGCUCUCGAACAGUAUGGCCAGAUGAAACUAUGGGGCCAUUUGGACCUCAGGAUCAGAGAUUCCAGCUUCCUGGGAACAUAGGUUUUGAUUGUCACCUCAAUGGGACUAUGACACAGAAGAAAAGCCAGGUUCAUAAAACUCUACCUGAUGUUCUAGCAGAACCUUUAUCAAGUGAAAGACAUGAGUUUGUGAUGGCACAGUAUGUGAAUGAAUUUCAGGGUAACAAUGCACCUGUUGAACAAGAAAUCAACAGUGCAGAAACUUACUUUGAAAAUGCCAAAGUAGAGUGUGCAAUCCAAACAUGUCCAGAAUUGCUGCGAAGAGAUUUUGAGUCACUGUUUCCAGAAGUAGCCACCAACAAACUAAUGAUUCUGACUAUAACACAGAAAACUAAGAAUGAUAUGACUGUUUGGAGUGAAGAGGUAGAAAAUGAAAGAGAAAUGCUUUUAGAAAAGUUCAUUAAUGGUGCUAAGGAAAUUUGCUAUGCUCUUCGAGCUGAAGGCUAUUGGGCUGACUUUAUUGACCCAUCAUCUGGUGUGGCAUUUUUUGGACCAUAUACAAACAACACUCUCUUUGAAACAGAUGAACGCUAUCGACAUUUAGGAUUCUCUGUGGAUGAUCUUGGCUGCUGUAAAGUGAUUCGUCAUAGUCUCUGGGGUACCCAUGUGUUUGUGGGAAGUAUUUUCACUAACGCAACACCAGACAGCCAUAUUAUGAAGAAAUUAGGUGGAAACUAACAGCAAUGUCAACUUACUGGGUGUACUAUUUGUACAUAACAUUGGGUUUGAUCUAUAAACACUCAAAGGCUUGAA